AUGGUAAGCUGCAACGAUUGUACAUUAUGGGCUCAUUUUAAGUGUGCGGGAGUCACGGACGAAGUGAGAGACGUGGAUUGGUUUUGCCCAACGUGUACCAAAUCCAGAGAAGCACACUUGCGUGUUCCGAAGAACAAGAAAGAUUCUAAGAAAGGCUCUUCGAAAAGCGAAACGGACUCGGUUCGAAGUGCAGGUUCUACUGUUGGCCAGCAUGUGGAACAGCUGGAAAUGGAACAAGCAGCGAGGGAGAAGGAAUUCUCAAUGCAGAUAGCACUUCGAGCGAAACGUAUAGAGAUGAACAAAUGUUGGAUGGAAAAGCAAUUACAGAUGGAAAAAGAUAUGCGCGAACGGGAACUCAAGAUGGAGCGAGAGAUGCAGAAUCUGCAAUUGAAACAGGAGCAGGAAUUGCUAGACCGACAGCUGGCUGCAGAACGGGAGUUUUUUAAAAAGCGAGAUGCAAUUCGACAGCAAGUGAAAACGAGUCGGAAGAAACUCGGAAAGAUAGCGGAAGGAUCUACCCCCGGCGUGAAAAACAUGACGGACUCGGCAACAAUUAGCACAAAGAAGGUUCAAAGUUGGCUCUCAAAGCAGGAGCAGAAGGAGGUCAAGCCUACGGAAGAUUUUCGGGGAGCGUACUCGAAAGGAACGAAAUCGAUUCACGAAGAACAGGACGAUAAUGUUUCACUUGAGUCCCACGAUGAUCAAGAGGGAUCGGAUGAGGAAUGCGGAGAUGAGGAAUGCAGUUCUACUCGGCAAAAUUUGGAGAAAGACAAGGCUGCGGACCCAGAAGCAAGCGUGAUCACGUCGAGAAAUGUAGGGCAUAACGGGCCGGGGCAGCGAAUAGUCAGAGUGACGAAAGAGCAACUGGCUGCCCGGCAGGCAAUUUCGAAACACCUUCCAACGUUCAGAGGUGAACCAGAAAUGUGGCCGCUGUUCAUCAGCAGCUUCGAAUACACCACCGAAGCUUGUGGAUUUUCGAACAUCGAUAAUCUUAAACGUUUGCAAGACAGUUUGCAGGGGGACGCCCUUGAAGCCGUCAGAGGCAGACUAGUACUUCCAGACUCGGUACCAGACGUUAUUAGAGAUCUGCGAAAUCUUUUCGGAAAGCCCGAAAAGCUGUUGAAAACGUUGUUGAUGAAAGUGCGCAAUGAUGUGUCCCCCAGAAGCGACCGUUUGGAAACGUUUAUUCGUUUCGGGAUUACCGUUAAACAACACCUAGAGGCAGCUCAACUGAACGACCACUUGAAUAACCCCAUGUUGGUGCAAGAAUUGAUGGAAAAAUUACCGCCGAGCUAUAAGUUGGAAUGGGUACGAUUUAAGCGCGGUAAGCAUGAUACACCGUUAAGAAUAUUUACCGAUUUUAUGACGGACAUAGUGUCCGAUGUUUCUGAAAUCUCAGAUUUUUCCGACUGGUCGCGAAAUGACUCGGGCCGGUUCGCAAAAGAAAAACCUAAGAAGAAAGAGUUUGUUCACAUUCACGAUUCCGCUACUAAUCGAAGUUGUGACCCUCAGAGGGCUACCGCCGGUAAACCAACAAGGUUCUGUAAGCGAUCAGAUCAUAAAAUACGUUCCUGUGAAGAUUUUAAGAAUAUGACAAUUGGUGAACGAUUGAAGGCAGUAGAAACACUGAAGCUAUGCGGUCUGUGUUUGAACAACCAUGGAAACAGUCGCUGUAAUUUCAAGCUGCGUUGCACGGUGAAAGAUUGCGGUGGUAAUCAUCAUUACCUGUUACAUAGAAGAGAAGAAUUAGUCCAAGUUAUGGAAGUUUCGUGCAAUGCACACAAAAGCUUGUGUCGUGGAGUAAUUUUUCGCAUGGUUCCGGUUACGCUCUCCGUGGGGGAGCUGAGUUUCAACACAUGGGCGUUCUUGGAUGAAGGUUCAUCUAGCACAUUAAUCGAAGAAGCCAUUGCUAAGCGUUUGAGAGCUAAGGGUGAGACCGAACCACUGAUCGUGACGUGGACCAAUGAUAUCAAAAGACACGAGAACUUUUCACGCAAAAUUAAUCUGACGUUAUCUGCACAUGGUUGCCGUGAUAAGUUCCAUUUGGAAAACGUUCGCACAGUAUCAGAGUUGGUACUGCCAAAGCAGAGUGUGCGAUUUGUUGAACUUGCAACAAAAUAUCAACAUCUAGCCGGACUACCGGUGGCCGACCACACGUCACAGGAGCCGACGAUAUUAAUCGGACUUGACAACUUGCACUUAUUCGCACCGUUGGAGUCACGUGUUGGUAAGCCCGGUGAGCCAAUUGCCGUGAGAUCAACGUUGGGUUGGACAGUGUACGGUCCGGAAACAUGCAAAUCAACUGCGAAAACCUUUCUCAAUCUGCAUGUAACGAAAACAGUGACAAACCAAGAGCUUCACGAUAUUAUGCGGUCUCAUUACGUGUUGGAUGAAACGGGCAUCACCUCGUUCGGAAUACCAGAAUCAAUGGAAGACCAACGAGCACGAGCAACGCUACAAGCGACUACGGUGCGGGUUGGCGAUCGUUUCCAGACCGGGCUUCUGUGGCGAGAAAAUGAACGACGGUUUCCUGACAGUUUUCCAAUGGCUGUGCGUAGGCAGAAGGCGUUGGAAAAGAAGCUGGAGAAAACUCCUAAACUGGAAGAGAAUGUAUUCCAGCAGAUAAUAGAUUAUCAACGUAAGGGCUACGCUCAUCAGGCUACAGCUGAGGAGCUCGCAGGUACACCACAAUCAGCCGUUUGGUAUCUGCCUUUGAAUGUAGCAUUAAAUGCUCGAAAGCCGGAUAAAGUUCGUUUAGUUUGGGAUGCUGCAGCAUCUGUCGCUGGUGUGUCGCUCAACACAGAGCUCCUCAAGGGCCCGGACAUGUUGGUAGCGCUUCCUGGCGUGAUAAGUCGCUUUCGUGAGAGACCAGUCGCGUUUGGAGGAGACAUUGCUGAGAUGUAUCACCAGAUUCGUGUUAGACCAGAGGAUAGAUCAGCGCAGCGUUUUUUGUUCCGGGCAGAUCCGAAUGAAACACCGAAGGUAUAUGUCAUGGACGAAGAAUUUCCGGAAGCAACAGAGGCGAUAGUUCAGCGCCACUAUAUGGAUGACUAUUUUGAUAGUACGGACACGGUUGAGGAAGCGAUUAAGCAUGCAAAAGAUGUACAUUUCAUCCACGCGCAAGGUGGUUUUCAUAUAAGAAACUGGGUUUCCAAUUCAGAAGAGUUUUUGAGAGAGAUGGGCGAGAGGAGUGCUGACACAACGGUGCAUUUCGAUCGGAACAAAACUUCCGAUUACGAGCGUGUUCUGGGCGUUGUAUGGGAACCAAAACUGGAUAGCUUUUCUUUCUCGACACCACCCAACGAAAGGUUUCAGCAGCUUGUUCGGAGUGGGGAGCGUCCAUCGAAACGAAUGGUGCUAAGUUGUGUAAUGGCACUCUUAGAUCCAUUGGGUCUCCUUUCCCCGUUUACCGUGCUUGGACGGAUGUUGGUGCAAGAUAUCUGGCGGACAGGUUGCGAUUGGGACGACCGUAUCGACGAUGUGUCCUUUCAAAAGUGGACGCGCUGGUCAAAGCUGCUUUCAGACGCCAAAGCGUUUAACAUACCGCGAAGCUAUUUCGGAAGUGCCAAAGCUGGUGAAAUAGAAGAUUUACAGCUUCACAUCUUCACUGAUGCCAGCGAGACGGCGUAG